AUGAAUCAACAAAACCCCAACUUGCCCAAUGGGCAGCAGCAGCAACUCAACAUGGGAAUGCAGAACAACAUUGCCAACCCCCACUGGCGUGAUGAAUUGCCUGCAAGUGACCGCAAUAGCUUUGUAACGCAACUGGCACAAGCUUUGACACUGUUAUCGCCAAACACAUCAGAGAAUGACAUUUAUACUGCAGCAAGGAACUUUGAGCAAACGUUAUACCAGAACAGUAUCAACAAGAAUCAAUACAUCCUUGCUUAUGCCAAGAAGAUUCAUCACAUUCGAUCCAGUCUACGAGAUUUGAUGGCGAAUCAAGGUGGUGCUGGUGGUAAUGCUGCUGCUGCUGCUGCUGCUGCUGCGGCCGCUGCUGCGUCAGCCGGUGGUGCUGGUGGUCCAUCCAAUCUUGCCAACAUGAUCCAUGACGGUCAGCUGCCACUUAAUAUUGGCAAUCUCGCCAUGCAGCAGCAAAUGUCUCCGCUUGUUGCACAACAACAGCAGAACGCGUCGCCCCAUCAGGCCACUCCUGCCAGUCAACAACAACAACAGCAACAACGACAGCAGCAGCAACAACAAAAUUUCGCAUCACCUUUAAAUAUGAACCAACAAAUGGCAGCGGGGCAGAACCAAAUACGUCCAAACAUGUUUCAACCGGGUAUGAUGCAAAGACCUCUUCAACAACAAGGGGUGCCCAUACAACAGCCUCAACAACAACAACAACAAGGUCAACCACAACAACAGCAACCACAGCAACAACAACAGCAGCAGCCUCAACAACAAGGUCAACCCCAAUUACAAAAUCCACAACAACAAGCACAAUUAUUAGCAUUACAAAGGGCGGCUUUGGCAGCUGCUCAGCAACAGGGUGUUACUAGUCAAGCGGGUGGUAAUGGUGGUGGAGGAGGAGGCAAUCAGCAGCAGCAAAUAUCAUUGAACAUGUUACAAAGUCUUGGUGGUGCGCUUAAUGGUGUUAACCAACCUGCAGCCAUGUCAUUAUCACCACAACAAAUGCAAAUGUUUCUUGCUCGACAAUUGGCUUUUCAAAAUCAACAACGAUCUCAACAAGGUGGUCAACAACAACCAACAACACAGCAACCAGCACAAUCACAACCAUCUCAAGGCACUUCACAACAACCCAAUGCUGCAAGUAUGUUGAUGAAUAUGAAUAUGCAACAAAUUCGACCUGGGAUGAUGCAACAAAGUCCCAAUUUCAGAUCUGGUGUUACAGCUGCAUCCUUACAAGCUGCUGCUUCAUAUCCUGCUGGUGCCGCUGCUGCUCUCAAUCAAGCUUCUAUGCCUGGUGUAUCAGCUGCUAUGCUUGCCAAUAAUCUUACUGCUCAACAACAAGUGUCACGUCCACCUCAUCAGCCUCAGGCACAGCCACAACAACAGCAAGGGCAACCACAACAACAACAGCAACAGCCACAACAACAAGGGCAAAUGUCACAACAAGAAUUGUUGAUCCAACAAAUUCAGCAGCAGCAUAGACAACAAUUGUUGAGGCAACAACAACAGCAACAGCAACAGCAGCAGCAACAACAAGGAGGUCAAGGUCAAGGUCAAGGUCAACCACAACAACCAUCACCAAGACCCCCACAGCAACCUCAGCAACAACAACAACAGCAGCAACCUCCUCAGCAACCAGGAAUGCCCCAAAAUGCAGCCGCCAUGCUUCAAAACACGAAUGCUUCUCCACAACAACGACAAGCUAAUAAUCAAAGGUUGAUGAUGAUGAUACAACAACGUGGUGGUGCUGCUGAAUUGGUGCGUCAAUUGGAUGAAACGGUUCGAAAUGGUCGUGCUCGUGCUAGACCUGUUGAAAAUUUGAGCCAGCAAGAAAAGAAUGAUAUCAAUGAGAAUAUGCUGCGAAUGAAGCAAAUGUUCGAUAGGCUGGGUGAAUUAUUGCCAGUGUUUCUACAAAUGACCAGCAAUGUGGAGGCGACUCGACGACUUAUUCUCAUGAAGCAUCUUUACGAGGAGCAAUUUAAGCUUUUGCCACAACAAACAUACAUUGUGACCUUGGAUCAGCUUAAUCUCUUGAGGGAUCAAUUGUCACGAUACUUUAAUUGGGUGCGUCUCAAUGUCUCGGGUCCACAGAUGGGUGGCAUGCAACAACAACAGCAACAACCUGGUGUAUCACAGCCUCCAGCUAUGGGAUCACAACCUCCUACUACAGCUGCAGCUACAGUAUCACAAAUGCCUCAAGCCCCACAGCCACAACCACCAUCAGCCACACAGGCACCUCCACAACAAGGACAACAACAACACGUGCCAUCCCCUAUGCCUCAACAGCAACAAGCCGUACGUCCACCUGUUUCAAUGUCACAAUCUCCUCAACAAAUGGCUGCUGAACAAGUACCCACAUCCAAUGCAAUGGGUAUCAAACGUGCUAGUAUCGAUUUGAAAUUGCCACCAUCCAAAAAGCAACGUGCAGCAGCUAAUCAACAACAACAACAACCCCAAGAAGCAGGUGUAUCAUCUGCACCCUCACCAGCAGCAGCACAAGCAGUAUCAGCAUCAUCAUCACCGGCUACUAUGCUUCAAACAGGUCAAGCACCGCCUGCUUUGGGUGGUGGUGGUGGUGGUGGUGGUGGUCCAAUUGCUACCAACAAUGUUUCACCACAAGAGUUACAACAAGCUGCCCUUGCUAGAGGAUUCCCUGCUGAAUUGUUGCGAGUAUUACCAGAACAAGCUUUGCAAUGGAGUUGGGUUCUUACUCAAGCUGAAAAGAAGGCAUUGUCAUUGAAUCCACAAAGCAUUGAUUAUCUUCGUAAAAUGUUGGAUAUGGCUGUCAAUGCUGCUAGAAGGCAAUUGGAAAUGCAACAGCAGCAGCAGCAACAACAACAACAACAAAAUGUUGCCACGACAACCGAAACGCCACAGCAACAACAAACACCUGUGCCACCUCCAUCACAACAACGUACACCUUCAGUGACAUCGAUACGUUCAUCACCAGCAAUGACACCUGCAGCUGCAUCCACACCUGCUACGAAUGCUGCUGCAACACCUGCACCAGCACCACCACCAGCAUCCACUCCAUCCAUGGCUGCUGCAGCAAGUAGACCAGCAACAACGCCCAUGACUACACCCGCUACAAUUGCAGCAACGACUUCUACUACUACGCCUGCUACUGUAGCCACCACACCCACUACGCUUACUACCACUCCUACUGCUACCACUGUUGCUGCUGUGAGUACACCGAUGGCGAGUCAUAUAGCAACGACACCUACUACAAGUCGUCCACAAUUAUCAACGACACCAUCACAACAGCAACAACAACGUCCUGGCAUGAAUGCAGAAAACAAAGUGGUCAACACGAUGAUGUAUGCCAAUGAUGUGCUCAAGGAUGUUGCUUCUAUUCUUGCCCAAAAGACACCUGAUGAUGCACCGGAAAAGAUCGCAUUGGACGUCAUGCGGGAAGGGCCUCAUUGUGCUUAUGCAUUUGACGCCUCUCCUUUCAAAGAAGGAUACAAGGAUGAAACAUUUAGUUUGGCGCUUGAUCGUGGAUUACUUGGCAGCAAGAAUGAAAUUACCAAAGACAAUGAGCCCGCCGACCCCUCGACCGACUGGUACGAACCUGGCAUGAUGGAUCCUGGUAUCAUUGGAAUGAAUGAAAUCAUGCGUGGUUUUGAGUGGGAUGAGUCGGGCGCCAUGAUAUCAUCUUAA